AUUGUUAAUUGUUAAUUGUCCCUCAUAUAAUUCAGGAGGUUGAUAUAAGAAUCGCAAACGGCUGUUAAAAAAAGUUGAUAUAAAUAUUUAAUGAACCCUUUGGUUAUGAACAAUAUAUAAUAAAUGGCUAUAGAACAUUUGAAGAUAUAUAUACGAUAUGAAAUCAAGUUAUCUAUUACUAGUCACAUGUAUGGUUAUAUCAUUUUAUGUACCAGAAUUAUCAGUUGCUGCCACCAUUAAAGCAAAACUGAAUAUUCCAAAUUCAUCUAUAUCAAAUUAUACUGAUUCCGAAUCUGAGUCUGAAUCUGAUUAUGAAACUAUAAGUAAUCCUCAUUUAUUUUCAUUCCGAAGUAUUAUAAAUUAUUUUAGAGGACAUUCCUUUGAAGAUGAAAUGGAUUACGAUGGUUAUCAUGAGGGCGCCUAUGAAUACAAUUACGAUAAUCCUGAUUCAAAUGAUGAAGAAAGUGAGGAUGAAGAAGAAAAUACUGAUGAUGAUAAUGACAAUGAUGAUAUAGUGAAUGAAAAUCAAUGGUCUCAUGAUGAUAAUGAUGACUGUGUUCAAAUGGAAGGAGAUAGUGAUGAUGAUUCUGAAAGUGAAAAUGACGCCGAUUAUUACAACUUUGAUUAUGAUGAAGAUGAUUCCGAUUACGAAUUCUACAAGAUUCAUGGAAUGCAAAAUAAUGCUUGGAAUAAGACUAAAAAGAGAGGAGUUAGAAGAAGAACUGAACCUCAAGUUGUUAUUCUAAAUAAUACUAGUAAAGCUAAUAGUACAAUUGAAAUAAAAAUUGAAAAGCCAGAUGAUCAAGAGAUUCUUCUGGUAAUUAAGAAUGCAACAGAUACAGUUUUAAAAUCAAAGGGAUUUAGUAGAGUAAUUGCUGGAGUUAAUGAUGUAAUAUAUGAAGGACUAAGUAAAGCAGCUAAUAGUGCUAAUUUUACAGAAAUGAGUAAAUGGUAUACACUUUAUAAUAUCAUAUUAGAAGCAGGACCAAAGAAUUUUAUAACUACUCUAACAACAGAUGCUCAUGCUAAAGAAAUUGUUAAGGAUAAGAUAAAGAAUGGUGCAGCAUUUGCUCAACAAAAAGUUGAUGCGGUUGAAAAUUUCCGAAAGAAUGUUAAGAAACUUGUUAAAACUGAUCAAUUAGUUAGUAAUAUUAACGUUAGUUCCAAAAAGGCAAUUGGAGAGGCUAGUAAAGCAUUUUCUUUAUCAAAAGUAUGGAGUUUCUUUACUGAAAGUAAUGAUAUUGAUAAUGAUUUUGAAGUAGUAAGUAAUAUUACUUAUCAUUUAUUUACGAAUAGUUCUUUCAAUUGGACAGAUGAUUGUCCAAGCAAUAAAACUAAUAGUUCAGAUGAUGAUGAUGAUGUUAUAGAUGGAGCUCCAAUGAAUAUCUGUAGUAUAUUACCAGGUAUUAUAUUGGCCACUAUCAUAUGUUUGAUAGUUUAAAUAUAUAUAUAUAUAUAUAUAUAUAUUACAU